CAACAAACAGGUUAAGCCACUCCUUUACACUAACAUUUCACCUUCCAACAUACUGUAAAAUAUCAGCCUGUUGAAGAGGAGCGUACAUGCAGCAGUGUUCAUGCAACUGGAGCAAGGAUGGCGAUUACCUUUGGUGACUAUAAAUUGAGACCCAGCCAUUGUCUUCUAUCGGUUCUAAUCACCAUAUCAGUCGUAUUAGGGUUUAGUUAUCUGAAUGAAACUUCCCGAAGUAUCCAACUGCAGCAACGGCUUCUAAUUCUGGAAAGGCGGUUACAAUCUAUAGCAGUUGACAGAUCAAAUCUACGUCGCAGAACAGACAAUUUACAAGAUCAGCUAGAAAAGCAAGUCAAUGAGAUGAACAAACUCCAAAAAAUUCGUGAUUUUGAAACUGAGCAAUUAAGCAUCAAGUGUGUGUCUGAGAAGGAUAACCUACAAGAAACAGUUUUAUCAAAGGAAAACAUAAUCAAAGAACUAACAGAUCAGCAUGAGAAUUUAAAGACACAACAUGAAACUCUUCGUUCUGAAAUGAAGCAAGUUGAAAAAGACCAGUCCAGACUACUAGAAAGGUUCUCCACUCAGUCGACCCAAUGCAUGAAUGUUAUUAAUAUGAUGAGAGAAAUCUGUGAUGAAAGAAGAGCAAAAAAAUCAAGGGGAGAAUCAAAGGCCACUGAUAAAGCGAAAGCCACAUUUAUUGGGUUUAUAACGGGAUUACCUUCUCUUCCUGCAAUUAACCAAACUAAUGACAAACUCCAUAACACGAGAGACAAUCCAGGAGUCAGUCUGCAUACAACCAUAAACACAAGGAUGGACCGUAUUACUGACACAGGGGACAAUAGGCUGAUCUCUACCACAUCCCAAAUGGAGACAAUGGUGGAGAAUGACCCUAGUUUCAAGCAAGAAGUUCAAUCAUUUAUGAGAGAAAACGAGAAAACUAGACUAAUGGGAAAGAAGAUUAUUAAAGAGAUAAGAGAUCAAUUGUAUAAAAAUUAUAACAUGCAGAGGAAAUCAGAACCAGGAGAAGAGGAAGAAACCAUAAAUAUAGAAAAUAAGGAGGCUCCGAAAGUAGAAAACAACUUUGAACUGGACAGCAAAAGGGAAAAUGAAGAAGAAAGAUCCAGAGAUUUUACACAAAAUAUAAAGGAAAACAAGGUUGAAUUAGAUGGUGAAUUGGAAAAAGAAGAAGAAGGAAGAACUAGAGAGCUUGUACUAGCUAUAAAAGAAGAAAAGACACAGAUAACAGAAAACUCUGAUGCUGUAGAUAUAGAAAACAAUGGAUUAGACAUUGAACAAGAAUAUCAAGAAGAAGACACAUUCCUGGAGAACAAACAAAUGUCUGGUGGGAAGAUAACGCAGAAGAAAGAAAAUAGUGAGUCUCCAAAGAUUGAAUAUAAGAAUGAAUGGGGUAAUGAACAGGAAGGUAGAACGUUAGGAGACACAGGGAAGAUAAACAAGUCAGAAAAAGCGAAAAUAAUGCAAAAAGAUAAUGAAAGUACUAAAAACCAGAAAGGAACCAAUAUGAGUGUGUUAGAAAGUAAUAAUCUUGCAAAUGUUAAAUACAGUGAUAAAAAAAACAAAUCUACACUAUCGUCAGAUAUAAGGAUCUCAGACCCAGAACUAAAAGAGAAUAUUAAUCAGAAUGUUAGUAAGUAUGAGAAAGAUUAUUAUAAAAAUGUUGACAGUCAAAAGCUACUCCUGGACAGAAGAAAUGAGAAGAUUUAAAAAUCACCUAAUGAGAAAACUAUUUUAUCUAUGAAUGAAGCCAAUGUAAAACCAAUGGUUACAAAACUAAGUGACAUGAAAAGGGGAGAACAUUGAGAUCGCUAAUCAAGCAAAUUAAAAAAAGAAGUAUCUGAAGAUAUCAUAAACACGACUUUCAGUGAAUCACAAAAGAAAUGGGUAAAUGCAGUAACAAGUGCGUCAGGGAUCACCACUGAGAUAACAUUUGUGAGAAUAUCAAGGAAAAUGAACUAACACUAGCUGGAACUAGUGAAAUAGAAUGCCAAGAAGAUCUGACAUCUCCAUCUAGUUACAUAAAAUGUAACAUGAUGGCUUCAAGCACUUAAAUGACAAAUUAUAUUAAGGAAUGUUGAAGCAGUGCUUUUUAUUUUUAAAGCAUUCCCCAGGUUGCUGGAGUACAGAAAAUGCACUUGACAGAGCAUCAAACUAAAAAUGUGCAUAUUUUCUGCAUGGUGAAUGGUCUUGCAUUAAAUGCAAAUUAAAAAAAACAACAACACUAUAAUAAAAAUAUGGAUCCAC